UUAUUUACUUUUUUGUCAAUCUGUCUUGUUCGAUGUCAGUUUCAGUUUUUUGUGUAAAAUACACGAGACAAAGUUCUAAAAAUAAUCACGUUAAUAAUAUAAAUCUGCGCAAAAUGUCGAUUACUAGAUUGCCACGACUACUUGCCCAAAUGAAGAUUGUAACAAGACCAGAACAAGUGUUUCAAAGGAGAACAGCUACCACCACUCCUACAGGAGCGAUUUUACCAGAGCCCGAGAAGAAACCUUUCGGUCUGCUGAGUAUAGUUGCUGCUGUUGUUCCGGGCCUUCUUAUCGGAGCUGCAAUUAGUAAAAACAUAGCCAAUUUCUUAGAAGAAAACGAACUUUUUGUGCCCUCCGACGAUGAUGAUGAUGACGAUUAAAUAUUUUUAAAUACUUAGGUGAAAUUUGCGGGUAUUCUAAUAAAAUUCAAGAUUGUUGUUAAUUUUUUAUUAAAUAACUGUUAAAAAUCUAUGAAAACAUUUGUGCUUAAGCGCCACAUUUAAAAAUCAUGUCUUGCACAACAAUUCUAUGCAUUAUAAAAGUUUCAUGUAUCUUUAUUUAUGUUAGUGAUGAAAUUAUGUAAUAUGAUAUUCAAAUAUUUACAUGAUUUACAUAAAUAUAAUAUGUCAAUCAUUUAUACAUCAACAGCAAUUUAUAUACAGCUUUAUCAAAUUUAUUCUUAAAAUAAACUUACAAAUGCAUUAUAAACAAAUGCAAAGUUGAAUUUCUCGCAGAGUGAAAAUUAUCUCUGCAAUUCUAGUCAAAACAUUUCUCUCAUCUAUGUAGCAAUAAAUUAAAUGAGUAACAAUGUAAUCUCCACACUUGUGCU